AUGUCUCAGCCAGCCUAUUCCCAGCACAGUCGACAGCACUCCGUCUUCUCCCAGACGCCCUCCCAAUCAACAGUCCGCUCAAGCGCCUCCAAAAACCAUCGGACCUGCCCACGAUGCGGCUCACGGAAGUGGAGACGGGAUCCCAAUCGAGGCGUCGUGGUCUGCGGUGAAGGCCAUGUCCUAGAGGGCUUCCUGCGCGAAAGCACCGAGCAGACCGAGGCGUCCCAGUACUCUCUCCGCAAACGUAGACUGUCGGCCGCCCCAAGGCAAAGGAAAUCUUACAUUCCUAAAGCAGCUUAUCAGGACCAACGAGCCCGGAUCUUAUUGGUUCAGGCUUUGACCGUUUUGAUUCGCAAACAAAUCGAAGCAUUGAUUCAAAUCAUCAAUGCUCCAAGUCAGCUUGAAGAAAUCGCCCAAACUUUAUGGAAGGCUUACCUCUCGGCACUCGAUCUGGAUGAUAGUUUAUUUGUUCCAAACAGCUCCUCAUCGCCGGUCAUCGCGAGCUCUCGAUUCGGCGACGAUUCCCAAUCGGCCGGGUACUCUUCCCAAGACGCCGACAGCUCCCACACCACUUCCCGGAGAACUCGGCCCAGUUCUUCAAAUAAUUCAGUAGCAGGAGGCCAGCAGACAAAAACUCAACUCACCCCAGAAGCGUUGAAAGCACUCACCCAAGAGCAUUCCGAAUCUUCCGACCAAUCAUCCGACAAUUCAUCAUCAACUAGCUCAGCUUCUUCCAGCUCAGAUAGCUCGCGCCAGUCCACCCCACCAACUGGCAAAUCUCAACGACCACAACGGAGAUAUCGUCGUGCUCACGCUGAAAAUAUUAAGAUCCAUCCUCGGAUGGUGGUCACGAUAUGUACGAUCUACUUAGCUUGUUUAAAACUUCGGCUCCCGAUCAUCUUGCAGGACCUUAUCAACUUCAUUUCGACUAAACAACUACCCCACAUUGGAUUCAUCCACUCGAUCCCGUCCGAAGUGCAGAAGAAGAUGAAUCAACCGGUUAUGCAGAGCUUAUCAGCCGAGAAACCCCCCCGGCUGUUUUGUCGUCGUGAUCAUUCGAAUGGAUUGGUUCACGUCUGUCGCCAACUGCUGAAGAUUUUCCAAGAAGCCAAUCCGUCCGUCUUGCUCCCCGAAAACACUACGCCUAAUCUGACCCUCCUAGUCUUGCGUUUUUCGAAGGCUUUACUUUUACCCGAUUACCUCCAACUUCUCGCUUUGAAUCUGGUCCGCAGGCUAGACAACUAUUUUUUAACGUUUAGUCCCCUUUCAUGCGCGAGCCGCAGCAUGAGUUCUUCCGCAUCGACCAAGUCGACCGAUCGACGAGGUGCGUUGACGGGGAACAAGGCCUUGAGUGUCUUUCGGAUCCAGAUGGUCAAGUAUCCGCCUGAAUGGUUCAUCAUGGCCGUUGUUUACAUCGUCGCCCAAUCGGCAAUCGUAGCCAGCUGCCCAAAUGAUCCUCGUGAUUCGGAUGACGGCUCCUCAUCUGAUGAGAAUCCAGAAGACCUCGAUCAAAUGCUCCAGUUGGUCACUCAGUUCAUCCCUAAUCUGGAUCAAUGGUAUCAUGAUCUAACCCAAACAAUCAAACUGGACGAAGAUCAAAAACCUCAGACACUUUGGGAGAAGAAUUUGGAGGAGCUAGAUUCCAAGGAAAUUGAUUCGUAUAUUGCUUUUGCGAAAGACUUUUUAUUGAAAGAUCAACCGGAACCAAGUGAUAUCGCGUUCAAGAAUCAAUUUUUCCCUCUUUGUUCACCCUCGACGUCAGACAUGAAUGGAGGUCCUACAACGCGCAAAGACGGGAACAGAGGAGCAAGCCAGAGGACAAUCCCUGACGCAUCUUCUCAUCCUGCUCAUGGUCAGUCUGCAGAUAAAAGCCAUGCGCGAGAGAUGGCCGACCAAACUGCUCGCAAGAAAUCUCUCAAACAUUUGCUUCUAUCUCGCGGAUCGGAGCUUGUCGGAUGCUCGGUCUCUAACCAUUCACAUCUUGACGAGUUUGUCAAAGUCUACGCUUUUGUUAAUUCUUUCUUUUCCAAACAAAUCUAG